GACAAACACGAGAUGAGGAACUACUUGUAAAUAGGAACUCGGUGCCCCCUAUGAUUCUCGCAGAAUAGACAUAAUACACGUUGCUACUGAACGUCAUUAUAUCAAUGUCCUGAAUUGUCAGAACACUAUAUUUCAUAGGUAAAUAAAUUAAUUAGUUCGUGAAAUUUCAGUAAUGGAAAGCACCAGCCUAUUGUUUAUAUUAGAGACGAUAUGCUUGAGUUAGUGGCAGCAAUUUGCUAAUCAAUUCUGAGGCCAUUUCGAGCAAUCCAGGAACAGUACUAUAAUUGUCGUUAGCAGGUACAGAGUGGGAGCCACUGUGGAAGAAAGGGAUAAAUUAAAGAGGAAAGGAAAAACAAGUUUGUGGAUUUACGAUUUUAAGAGGGACAUUAUGAACACAAUAAUUAUAUCAUUUCUAGCAACCUUUUAUUUCGCUCAAAUAGCGUGGUCAUAUCCAUUCCAUCAAGUUUUUAACGACAGAAUAAAAAUAGAGAGAAGGAGCUGUUGUGAUAGGGCAGAGAAUAGAUGUAGAGCUUUUGGUGCAGGAGGGUCAUCUUUGAACGCCUGUGUGACGUAUACCUGUGGAGGAACGUGUGGAAGUACAAACUUCAUGAAACGCUUUUUUAAAUCGAAGAAUAAUGCACUGACCAAGACUGAGAAAAUGUCCGCAAAGAAGCGAUCAGAUUGUUGUUUGGUGAGCAAAAAUAGAUGCCCGGGAAGUUUCGCCCAGUGCCAGGCAUUCAUGAACUAUAGUUGUGGCGGAUGCUUUUAGAGCAAUGUUUGCGCAUGCGUCAAGUUUCAAGCAUCAAAGACACAUGUUCUUUAGUUUGUUUUCGAGGAGUGCUAGGGUUCAAAUGUUUUGAUAAUUAAUGUUUGAUUAAAACAUUUGAUUUGAUAAAAAUAUUGUGUUUUGUUGUAUGUCAUAUAUUGAAACAUAUCAAAAUGAAAUCUCUGAUGAUACAGAGUU